AAAAAAAAUAUGGUUAUACUUAGAUCAAAAAUUCCAGAUAUUGAUAUUCCUACAGUUGGAAUUUAUCAAUUUAUUUUUCCAGAUGAAAAAAAUGUUUCUGAUGAUAAAGAUGAUAAAACUGUAUUUAUUGAUGGUUUAACUGAUAAAAAAUUAACUUUAAAUGAAUUAAAAUCAAAUUCAAAAAAAUUUGCCGCCGGUUUACAAGAUAAAAUUAAUUUUAAACGUGGUGAUGUUUUAUCUAUAUUUUCUCCUAAUCAGGUUGAUUAUGUGACCGUUAUUUUUGGUACAAUUGCCGCAGGUGGAGUAGUAUCUCCUGCCAAUCCAACGUAUACUGUUGAAGAAUAUACUUUUCAACUAAAAGAUUCUGGAUCAUCCGUAAUUGUAACGCAUCCAUUAUUUCUCCAAGUUGCGGUAAAAGCUGCCACCGCAGCAAAAAUUCCUGAAUCAAAUAUAUUCCUUUUUGGUGAUGAAAAAAUAAAUGAAAUUUUACCUUAUACUAGUUUAUUUGGUGAUCGUGAAGCUAUUCCCUUGGAAUAUACCCCUGAAGAAGUUAAAAAUACAACUGCUUAUAUAUGUUACAGUUCUGGUACUUCUGGUAAACAAAAAGGUGUUGAAACCACUCAUUAUAAUGUGGUCGCUAAUGUACUACAGAUUUCAAAAGUUGAAAUAGAAACUAAUUCUGAUAUGGUUUAUGUUGGCGUAUUGCCAUUCUAUCAUAUUUAUGCAUUGACUGUUAAUAUGCAUUUUACUCUCUACUUCAGAGCUUCAUGUGUUGUUAUUUCUAAAUUCGAUUUCGAACCAUUUUGUCGUAUAAUUCAAGAUUAUAAAGUUACAAUAACUCAUAUCGUUCCACCAAUUAUACUUGCAUUAGUUAAAAAUCCUAAAGCAAAAGAAUAUGAUUUUUCAAGUUUACAAUUAGUUAUUAGUGGUGCUGCUCCAUUAAGUAAAGAAUUAAGUGAAAGUUUUUAUAAAGAACAUAAAAUUAAAAUUAAGCAAGGUUACGGUUUAACUGAAACUUCACCCGUAGCUCUUCUUGGUUAUACUAAUGAUUCUACUCCUGGUUGUUGUGGGAUACUUCUUCCAAAUCUCGAAUGUAAAUUAAUUAAUGAAGAUGGUCAAGAAGUAGGAUAUAAUACGCCAGGUGAACUUUGCCUUCGUGGACCCAAUAUUAUGAAAGGAUAUUUAAAUAAUAAACAAGCAACUGAUGAAUCUAUCGAUAAAGAUGGAUUUUUUCACACAGGAGAUAUUGUUAAAGUUGAUGAAAAUGGUUACUUUUAUGUUGUUGAUCGUGUUAAAGAAUUAAUUAAAUAUAAGGGAUUUCAAGUCGCUCCAGCAGAAUUAGAAGCAAUUUUGAUUACUCACCCUGCAAUAUCUGAUGCUGCUGUAAUUGGUGUAUAUUCCGAAGAAGAUGCAACCGAAUAUCCUGUUGCUUAUGUUGUAACUAAACAAAAAAGUCAACGUACUAAUGAAUUUUCUGGAGAAAUUAGAAAAUUUGUUGAUAAUCAAGUAGCCCCUCAUAAAAAAUUAAGAGGUGGCGUAAUUUAUAUUGAUCAAAUACCAAAAAGUGCUGCCGGUAAAAUUUUAAGAAAAAAAUUAAGAGAAAAUCAUCAAAAUUAACGAAACAAAUUAGAACUUGUUUCAUGAGAAAAAUAUUACCAAGUUUUUUAAUCAUUAUACUCUAUAUAUAUAUAUUUUAAUAAAAAAAA